CGAUCCAGUCAUGCUGGAAGGUAUCAUGUCGCGGCCUGCAAGUCGCGCGCCUCGAUCUACUACUCCUGGCCAACAGCAACUACGACAACAACCUCCACUAACACCGACUAUUCCGGAAAGACAGUAAAAGGCAGCAGCAAAAACAACAUCGCGCAUCGUCAAACGUAUCCACAGCAGCACCAGCACCAGCACCAGCUACCACUAAUGCUACCAAUACUACAAGAGCGGGAGUCUCUGAUCACAAUAUGGACAGCGACGAACGCAUGAACGAAAUGCUAUCCAAGUCUGCACAAAAGACGCGCGAGUUACUUGAAGCCAUGGAACGAUCUUUGAAAACAGAGCAAACGUACGCCACUCGCCGUCAACAACUGGUUGAUGAACGUAGACACAGUAGUAUCACUACCACGAAUAAUAACACCAGAGCAGCACCACCACCACUCGUAGCAGUACCACAACAACCUCGGAAUCAACAACAGCGAACACGCAUGAUCUCUGCUAGUGAAGAAAAAGUCCAGCAAAAGCGGCAGAGUUUGGAUAUGGAGGGCAUGUUGGCUUUGCGACGCGAUAGUGAUGCCAUCAUUGAACGACGACUUUCUUUACUUAAAGUGCGUGCCAAUAAACUGUUGCAGACAGACGAGCAUCAACAACAGCUGAAUGACAAUGAUAAGAGACGACGUCGUUGGUCGUUUACGCCGAUUGAAGAAAAUCCCUCGUCGCCACCGCCGACUACAACUACAACCUCUCACCGUCCUCAGGACAGUGUUGACAACAUGGAUACCAGCAAUAAACCCAUUGUCGAUCGUAUGCCUGUCUUUCAAAGUGUACGGGCACGAACUCUCUCAAUGCGAGAAACCCGGCAUGAAAAGACGAGCAGACCCUAUCAUGAAGAGACAACAACAGCUCCCAUUCUAUCUUCAUCAUCAUCAAACUCAGAAGCUACUACAAUAUCUCCUUAUUUUUCUGCCACGGCAACAGGCUCUGAUGCUUUGUCACAUGGCAAUAACAAGCAGUACUAUCACCACAAUCAUCAUGUGGAAGAAAAAGGAGAAGAGAAGAAGAUGGAGGUUGAGAAUCAAACGGAACGUGUGUCGUACAUGCGUCGUGCAGAUCUUUGUAAAAAUACCAACAACAACGACAACCAUAGUAGUAGUGUGAAAGAGAUGUCCAACAAACAGCAGCCAUCCGCACAGUAUCGUCAAUCAAUCUCAUCAAGGAGACACACGUUGUCGUCGUCAGCCGCGAACAGUACUAUGAAUACUGAAUUGAUGUCUGAUGAUCGUAAUAAGCGACGAUUAAGACGGCUGUCACCCACGCGUAAUACCAGUAGCACUAGUAGUGGCAAUUAUGGUAAUGGACAACAACAACCGCAGCAUACGAUGACAGCAGAAAAAUUACGAAAGAGACAUAGUACAAUUAUCACAGCAGGCGACCUUGACCUGCCACCAUCCCCUACUACGGCAACAGGCAAAUCGGUCACUGAAACGGCAAAGGAACUUUUGAACAGUAUCCGACAACGACGUCAAAGCACAGCUGAGCAUCAUCACCAUCCUUCUUCUACUUCUACUACUACUACGCGUGCUACCCGAACAACAUACCAUCAAUACCACCCACAGCAUGAAGAACAGCGACAACAAGAGGCAGAAGCACGCCAAGCACGGCUACGUAUGCGACGCAAUACAGUCGUAGCCAAUGGGCUCGACUAUCAUGAUAAAGUCGACAAUGACAUUGUGGAUGAAGAUCGCAUUACUCGUCGUAUGCAUCGAUUAUCAAUUGCUGCUGACGACCAUUAUACAAAGAAACAGCCAUCAUCCUCCACAAGAAGCAAGUAUCUCUACAAUGAAGAAACAAAUGGUAAUAUCAGAUCGUCAUCGUAUAAGCAUUAUCUCGCCUAAAGAUAGCCACCCACCCCAUCCCCCCGGCCAGUACCACCACUUGCUCCUCAUCCUCAAAUCCGUCGUUUUCUAUACAUAUCUCCAUCUUCUCCAAACAAUCCAUACACUUACUGCUACUGUCAUAAAACAACUUGUUCUAUAUUAUUAAUCUGUAAACUGUACAUAUACAAUCAAAAAAUUUCCCCAUUUGCUUUAAUUGUACUGUGUCUGACCUGAAAAAAAAAAUAUUUGAUAAUAAUUUCAAGU